ACCAUGACCUCCAAAGCUUCAGCGCAGUUUCAGGUGUUUCCCGGAAAGGGGCUGGGCUUUAUCACUCUUGGUGCCUCCCUCCACAAUGUAUUAACUCGCGUCAAAUCGCAUCCUCAAACCUACCCUGCAGUCGAUAUCGCAUACUCUGCCUCUGAUCCGCUUCGCAAGCCGGUAAUCUUGCAGUUGCCAUCAAAUGGCCUUCGUCUGCGGUUCGAUGGGCCUGAUCAGCGGCUCCGACUAAUCGAGGUGCUGGACUUCUCGAAGACGACAUUAAUCUAUAAGAACCAAGAAGUAAUGAAGGGCGUAAAGCCGCAAGAGCCAGUCGUCUCGCAGCAAGGUCCGAGCUUUCGCCAUAUCUACAAUCGUCUGUUCGGACCUUCUUAUCCAGGAGAGUAUACCCCUCCGAUGGAUGGUCAUUCACCGUAUGGCACAUAUGUCCUGUCGUAUCCGGGUGUUGCGUUCUCGUUCCCUCUUCAGAACUCGGCAUGGUCAGAGCAGUGUGACUUUGUUGCCUUGCUAUCAUCAUCAGCGGCUCUUUCAGCGACUUCUAUGGCAAUAUUCCAGGGAGCUUCAUGGCCGGAAAGUCGCAACAAGUUAUUCUCGCAGCAACCACAAUAUCCUCGGUCUCCAGCGUUGGUUGGUAAAAUCCGUGACUCCGUACCAGACGAAGUCGAAGAGUUCAUCAUCUUCGGUGCCGGAAAGUUGGAGGUUGCCCGAAGAUCCAGCCCUCCGACUUAUAUUACCCUCUCGGAGACGACUCCUCAGGAUCUGAUCGCUGAAUUUGGACCACCAGACGCUAUUUAUCGUAAAAAUGAUCGAAGGAUCUCCAUACACCGGGCUGCCGGCGCAAAUAAUGUGGCGGGUGCGCUUCAAAUGAGUCCUUCUUUAGGUAGAGGGAUGGAUGUCACCGAUACUGAUCAGUCUUCAAGCAACAGUGUCACUGAUGACUCGGACGAAGAGAUUUCCCCGGUUAGCAAUGUGGAUCCCUCAUCACUUCCUACAGAAUGUUUCUUCAAUUAUUUUCACCAUGGUUUUGAUGCCUUUAUUUCGUCUCCUACUACAGCUGGCCCUGCGUUUCCAGGAUCCGACCUCCCCGAUCCAUCGCCUCCACCUCCUUCUUCUCAGCUAGUUGUUACUAAGAUCAUCUUGCAUGGAAAUGUUCCCGGUUCAUAUCCAUUCAAUCGGCACCGUCGCAGCCGUUGGACAAUCAGCCUCAACCCGUUGGGCGAUGUCGUGAAUUCGGAAACUCCAUACGACAGGAUCUCUGAGAAGCUCAGAGAGCUCUGGAAAGGAUCGUAUGCAAGCGCUGCUGAACAACGCGCAUUGCAACGCCCCAUGGUGCUGAAUCGCGGCUGGGGCGAUAGUCCCGAGAAUAGUGUCGAGUUUCUCGGUGGCUGGGAGGAAAGCACCGGUAGAGGUCAGAGAACAGGCCACGAUAGUCACGAUGGAGGACUAGGGAAUACGGAGUUGUUUGGAUUCCCCGGUCUCUUGUUUGAGGUUAUGAAGAAUGGGGCUGUAAGCUGUUUGACCAUAUAUUGA